ACCAGUCGGCCACGUCAGUUGCAGGCGGUUUCACCGGAGACAGCGUCGCGGAAAGCCUGUGGCUUACUAAGACUGAUUUUUGGGUUUGCUGAAAUGGCUGAAGCAGCAGUUAGCGAUGAGGAUCCAUAUCAGUGUCCCGUGUGCCUGGAUCGAUUGAAAGACCCAGUCACUAUAGCUUGUGGACACAGUUAUUGUAAGAGCUGCAUUAAUGGUUGCUGGAAUCAGGAGGACCUGAAGGGUGUGUAUAGCUGUCCACAGUGCAGAGAGACGUUCAGCCCAAGACCUGUUCUGAAGAAAAACACGGUGUUGGCUGAGCUGGUGGACAAACUGAAGAUUGAGACACAGGAAGCUUCCUUUGGACCCUGCCUUGCUGGACCAGGAGACGUGGAGUGUGAUGUCUGCACAGAGAAAAAGCUCAAGGCGGUCCAAUCCUGUCUGGUGUGUCUGGCAUCUUUCUGUGAAACCCAUGUCCAGCCUCACUAUAAAUCUGCUGCCUUUAAGAAGCACAAGCUGGUCAAGGCUUCUGCACACCUUCAAGAGAAGAUCUGCUCUCAGCAUGACCGACUUCUUGAUGUGUUCUGUCGCACUGAUCAAAAAUGUAUCUGCAUGUUGUGCACCAUGGAUGAACAUAGUGGCCAUGACACAGUCUCAGCAGCAGCAGAAAGGAAUGAGAAACAGAUGACACUGAAGGAGAUGAGGAAGAAAUCCCAGCAGCAAAUCCAGAGGACAGAGAAGGAACUGCAGGAGCUGAAAAAAGCUGUGGUGACUCAUAAGAACUGUGCUCAGGAGGCUGUGAAACGCAGUGAAAUGGUCUUCAGGGAGCUGCUCCAGUCCAUUGAAAGGUGCCGUUCUGAGGUAAUUCAGCUGAUCAGAGAUCAGGAGAAGGCAGCGGUGAGCCAGGCUGCCAAAGUCAUAAAGGACCUGGAGCAGGAGGUUGCUGAGAUGAGAAGAGGACAGGCUGAGCUGGAUCAGCUCUCACAUGAGGAGGACCAUGUCCAUUUCCUCCAGAUUUACCAGACCCUCUGCCCGGCUGCUUUAUGUAAACAUUUACCCAGUGCCACUUUCAGUCCAAACCUGUCAUUUAAAGACACGGGGCUCACUCUCUCUACUCUGAAGCAGAAUGUAGAACAAUUUUUGCAGCUUCAAAUGGCAAAGAUUAAAAGACAAGCUUCAGUUGGAGCUGAAAGGAGAAGCUUUGUCACAAUAGACACAGGUGGGGAGGUAGAGUAUGAGACCUGCCCUAUCUGUAUGGAUGAGUUUACCGAUAAAGAGAAGCUGUGGUGUGGCCAUGCUUUCUGUAAGGACUGCCUAAGACAGUCAGUGGAAAGCAUGAGUGCCAUCUGCCCGGUGUGUAAGAAGGUGUUUGGAAAGGUUGUGGGAGACCAGCCAGAUGGAACGAUGAGAUACUAUAGACAAAACACAGUCCUUCCUGGAUUUGGACUAUGUGUCAGCAUAGUCAUUAACUAUCAAAUUCCCAGUGGCAUUCAGUCGAGCAAACAUCCCAAUCCAGGUCGAUCAUUUCAAGGUACACAAAGAACAGCUUAUUUGCCAGACACCAAGGAAGGGAAGGAGGUACUGGCACUCCUGAAGAGGGCCUUUGACCAGAAGUUGAUCUUUACAGUGGGCACCUCACGUACCGGUGGCAUGGAUGACUGUGUGAUCUGGAAUGAUAUCCAUCAUAAAACCAACGUCCAUGGAGGAGCACAAAAUUUUGGCUACCCGGAUCAUGACUACCUAAAGAGAGUGCGAGAUGACCUCAAAGCCAAAGGCAUUGAGUGAAGAAGCUGCCAUAAUAACAGCUGUGUUUUGUAUUUUGAAUACAUGUGUUUUCCAAAUGGCGCCCUGAGAUUUCAUUUUUGAACGAAGUGUCUUAUGUAUGAAAUAGAGAGUAUAUGCAGGACCAAGUGUGUUGCAUAAAGGAGUAAGUGUGUUGGGCCAUCAGAGUUCAUCCACAUCACAGGCUAUGGGUGCCUCUCAUUUGGGCUUUUAUACAUCCUCCCUCGCCUCGAUCCUCACUGAUCGACAUACUGUAAAGAAUGAUGGGGCGAAAACAAUGGGAUAGUCUAUCCAGUGUUAGUUAUAGAUCAGUGGGAAUGCCCCUCGAGUUUUGUUAACUGUCAUCUUAAUUUUAGUGUGUAAACGAUUGGAAAAAACUGUAUUUGUUUAAUUGAUUUCAUUGUUGGUUGAUUACUGUAACUGAUUAUGGUAAGAAAUACUUUACAGUAAGUAUUGAAAGAAAUGCUUGAAAUAUUCAGUCUACAGCAUCAGUGUUGUGCAGUGCAAGUUUAUAGACCUAUUUGUGUAAAUUUUUCCUAUGUCGAACUAAUCAUGAAGAAUGUUGUGGGUUUGUCACUAUUUUUUUGACAUCUAAAUUAUCCCUUACAUAACAAUAGUCUGGUAGGAAGGGGGGGUUCACCUGCACCCGAAAGGUAUAUUUUUUUAACCUAUUUUUUUGUUAUCCUUAAGGUGUCCAUGCAAAUUAUUGUCCCAUAUGUGAUUUUUUGUACCAUCUUUUGUGUCUUUGCUUGAUUUUCGGGUAUAAAAAAUGAAAACUUUAAAUGUACAUAGAAUCUGAACAAUACAUCCUACAGACAAAAUCCACCCCAUUUUCUCUUCGUCUUUGCAUGAGGAAUUUAUAGGUAUGAGGAUUGUCAUGAUUAGAUUAUGUAUGGUGCAUUAAAACUCAAAUAAACACCAAAA